CUGAGUGACAACGAGAAGCUGGGGGAUUCAGGAGUGAAGCUGCUGUGUGCUGGAUUGGAGAGUCCAAACUGUAGACUGGAGACUCUGAGACUGACUUCAGAUCAGAAGAUGAGUGAUUUGGAGGAAGAGGAGGAUGGAGCAGAGUCUGUAGUAUCUGACUAUCAGUCUAUGAAGAGUGACCGGUCCAAAGAGGAAACUCCAUGCCUCAGUACUGAACCUGGACCUUCAGACACAAAGAAAAGGAAGAGGAGUGAUGAUUCGGAGGAGGAGCAGCCGUCCAGAUCCAGAACCAGAGCUGGACCGCAGACAUCCAGUCAGACCAACACUGAACAAAUGUACGCUGUUAAACAUAACCAUAAGAUCAGUGUGAAGAAGACAUAUGAACGUGUGACUGAAGGAGCUGAUCAAACAGGAAGUAGAACCCUCCUCAACAGCAUCUUCACUGCGCUCUACAUCACAGACGGACUGAGUGAAGAAGUUAAUACCCAACAUGAGGUGAGGCAGCUCGAGACAGCUUCCAAGAUGAAGACCCUCCAUGACUCUCCAAUCAACUGCGGUGACAUCUUUAAAGCCUUACCUGACCAACAGAAACACAUCAGAGUCGUUAUGAUGAUCGGCGUCGCUGGCGUUGGAAAAACCUUCUCAGUGCAGAAGUUCUGUCUGGACUGGGCCGAGGGUUUGGAAAACCAAGAUGUGGAUCUGGUGAUUCCUCUUUCCUUCAGGGAGCUGAACUUGAUCAAAAGUAGUCAGUACAGUCUUCUGGAGCUGCUCCGUGUUUUCCAUCCAACAUUACAGGAGGUCACAGCAGAGCAGCUCGCUGGCUCUAAAGUUCUCUUCAUCUUUGACGGCCUGGAUGAAAGCAGACUUUACCUGGAUUUCAACAACAAUGAGGCUGUUUCUGAUGUCACACGGAAGUCAUCAGUCAACGUGCUGUUGACAAACCUCAUCCAGGGGAAGCUGCUUCCCUCGGCUCUCGUCUGGAUAACUUCCCGACCUGCAGCAGCCAAUCAGAUCCCUCCUGCGUGUGUUGACAGGGUAACAGAAGUACGAGGCUUCACUGACGCCCAGAAGGAGGAGUACUUCAGGAAGAGAGUCAGUGAUGAAGAGCUGUCCAGCAGAAUCAUCUCCCACAUCAAGAGUUCCAGGAGCCUCCACAUCAUGUGUCUGAUCCCAGUCUUCUGCUGGAUCACUGCUACAGUUCUGGACCACAUGUUGACUACAGACCAGGGAGGAGAGCUGCCCAAGACCCUGACUGACAUGUACUCACACUUCCUGCUGGUUCAGACAAAGAGAAAGAAGCAGAAGUAUGCUGAGGGACAUGAGAGGAGUCCACAGGAGCUGACGGAGGCUGACAGGGAAGUUCUUCUGAAGCUGGGGAGGCUGGCGUUUGAACAGCUGGAGAAAGGAAACAUCAUGUUCUACCAAGAAGACCUGGAGCGCUGUGGUCUGGAUGUCACAGAGGCCUCGCUGUACUCAGGAGUUUGUUCAGAGAUCUUCAAAACAGAGAGUGUGAUCUUCCAGAAAACAGUCUACUGCUUCGUUCAUCUGAGUGUUCAAGAGUUUCUGGCUGCAGUCUACCUGUUCCACUGUUACACCAACAGGAACACAGAGGUACUGGAGGACUUCCUAGGAGACUGGGAUGACAGUGAUUCAUUCCUGGAUGAUGAUGAUGAGGAUGAGGAUAAUGAUGACUACAGUGACGAUGACUAUUGCCCAUCUCUAGAUAUCUUCCUGAAGAGAGCCAUGGAGAAAUCCCUUGAAAGUGAAAAUGGCCACCUGGACCUGUUUGUCCGCUUCCUUCAUGGCCUCUCUCUGGAGUCCAACCAGAGACUCUUAGGAGGCCUGCUGGGUCAGACAGACAACAGUCCAGAAAUCAUCCAGAGAGCCAUCAACAACCUGAAGGAGAUGAACAGUAAUAAGAUCUCUCCUGACAGAAGCAUCAACAUCUUCCACUGUCUGACGGAGAUGAACGACCACUCAGUCCAUCAGGAGAUCCAAGAGUUCCUGAAGUCAGAGAACAGAUCAGAGAAGAGACUCUCUGUGAUCCACUGCUCAGCUCUGGCCUACAUGCUGCAGAUGUCAGAGGAGGUUCUGGAUGAGUUGGACCUGAGUCAGUACAACACAUCACCGGAGGGAAAACUGAGACUGAUUCCAGCUGUGAGGAACUGCAGAAAGGCUCGAUUGGUUGAUUGUGGUUUGUCAGAGAUCAGCUGUGGUCCUCUGGUCUCAGCUCUGAAGUCCAACCCCUCCCAUCUGAGAGAGCUGGACCUGACCGACAACGAGAACCUGGAGGAUUCAGGAGUGAAGCGUCUGUGUGCUGGAUUGGAGAGUCCAAACUGUAGACUGGAGACUCUGAGAUUGGAGCUCUGCAGUUUGUCAGAGAUCAGCUGUGCUGCUCUGGCCUCAGCUCUGAAGUCCAACCCCUCCCAUCUGAGAGAGCUGGACCUGGGUCACAACAACAAGCUGAAGGAUUCAGGAGUGAAGCUGCUGUGUGGUUUUCUGGAGAGUCCAAACUGUGGACUGGCGACUCUGAAAUUGUCUGAAUGCGAUUUGUCAGAGAUCAGCUGUGCUGCUCUGGCCUCAGCUCUGAAGACCAACCCCUCCCAUCUGAGAGAGCUGGAGCUGGGUCACAACAAGCUGGAGGAUUCAGGAGUGAAGCUGCUGUGUGGUUUUCUGGAAAGUCCAAACUGUAGACUGGAGACUCUGGGAUUGAGGUGGUGCAGUUUGUCAGAGAUCAGCUGUGCUGCUCUGGCCUCAGCUCUGAAGUCCAACCCCUCCCAUCUGAGAGAGCUGGACCUGGGUGGCAACAACAACCUGGAGGAUUCAGGAGUGAAGCUGCUGUGUGGUUUUCUGGAGAGUCCAAACUGUAGACUGGAGACUCUGGGAUUGAGGGGCUGUGGUUUGUCAGAGAUCAGCUGUGCUGCUCUGGUCUCAGCUCUGAAGUCCAACCCCUCCCAUCUGAAAGAGCUGCACCUGGAUGGCAACGGCCUGGAUGAGUCAGACGUGAAGCAGGUGUGUGAUCUGACGGAGAGUCCAGACUGUAGACUGGAGACUCUGGAGGUGAAUUUCAGAGUACACAGGGCUGCACCUGACCGACAUGAAGGACGGACACUGAUGAAGUUGAAGUUUGGCAUCGGCUGUGUCUUCUUCUCUCCGUGCGAUGGCUCUGAUCCUCCACCAGAUCCGUCCACAUCGAAGACAAACCUCGAUGUGUCUGAGGACAGAAGAGAGGAUCAGCUGAGUCCUGAUGAUCCAGAGAAGUUGAAGCAGCAGCAGCUUGUGGGUGGAGAGGCUCCCAACACAAAUGACACUGUGAGUUUCACACCUGAGCUGCUGACUGAGUCUGGAAAGACUUCAUACAGGUUCAGGUGUCCUGGUCCAGGUGUGUUCCAGUGUGCUUUGACUGGACUGGUGUUUGUUACGACUCAGGAGGCGGAGCUGCUGUACAACACUGUCCAAUGGGAUGAGAGCCUCCUCCAAUCAGCUGGCAGGAUGGCUGCAGGGCCGCUGUACGACAUCAAGUGUUCAGAGGAGGCUGCUGUCUGUCAGCUCCACUUUCCACACUGUGAAAUCAUAGAUGCUCCUCUACCUGAUGGCCUGUUGUCUGUCGUCCACAUCACUGAUGAUGGGAUGAGCAUCCUGGAGCCGCUGGAGAUUACUGACACUCACGUGGUUGUAAAUGUCCCUCACCUCUACUUUGGCCUGAUCUGGAAUGUCUUUAAAAAACCUGUUAGCGGCCAAGUUCUGCCUGUCAGCGGCCAAGUUCUGCUGUUCCUCAGACAACCAAACCCAGCAUUACAGACGCAAAAUCUCAAUGUGCUUCUCCUGCCAAUAAACAUCCCUCUGAACGAGGUGAGGGAACAACAUCAUGAAUCUAGGAACAUCUGGGUUCCUGCCACAUGUAAACUCAUCAAAGAUCAAAGUUACACCGUCCAAUGUCCUCAGGCCAUUAAAAUACAGCCAGAGAAAGCAGAUUUUGAGCUGGAGUUUGGACCAAACUACCACCCAACGUUUGAGAUCCGCCUGCCUAUAAACACACCAGAAGUGACUUUAAAAGUCAAAGACGAAGGACAGAGCGUCUGGGAGCAUGACGUGGAACUGAUUGCUCCAAAUCACCAAACCCCAGCACCAGCAGAGGACCGAGACCCAGCAGAGGUAGGAAGGACAGCAGAGGUGUUGUUGAACACUCUGGAGGAUCUCGGAGCAGAGGACUUUGAGACAUUCAAAUGGUUCCUGAUGAACAGUGGUGAACACGUGAAAAACAGGCCCAUCCCACGGGGCAGGCUGGAGAAUGCAACACUGUUGAACACCGUUGAUCUGAUGAUCCAGACCUUCUCAGGGACUGGAGCUGUGGAGGUGACCAAACUGGUCUUAAAGAAGAUCAACAGGAAUGAUCUGCUGGAGAGAUUGGCAGCCAGCAGCUGAUAAACAUCAGGUCAGUGAUAGGAAGAGCAGAACGUGAUGUAUAUGAGCAGCUUCAUCAGCAGAUCUGUGAGGAGACCCAAGCUGCUGUCUGAACGUGCUUAUUGUUUAAAGUCAUGCAGACAGAAAGAAAUGAUCCAUAUUGUUUGAUGCAGAGAGCGCUUUAAGGAUUUAAAGAAUGGCAUCUGCUCUGUUAAAGAACUUCUGGGGGAGAAAGUCAAGUUUGGGGCAGAUUGAACAAUGUUAACUGCAGUUAUAAACCACUUUCUGGUUUUGUGGUGAAACAUGGAAAUGUGAUGUCUCGCCAUGGCAACUCCAUUUGACAAUUGUUUUUAAAAUGUACACAACCUUUCAUGGCAA